AUGAACACACCCAAAAGCGUCGCACAAAGACGCGGUUGCGCCGUAUGCCAAAUCCAAGGACUUAUAUGCGACGCAAACUGCCUUUUAGCGCCAUAUUUCCCCGCCGAAAAGGAGCAAGAAGCAACCAACAUUCUCAAAGUUUUUAGUUAUGAUUACAUCACAGAUAUUUUAAAAGACAUACAUUCUACGCAACAUGACAUCGCUAUCAAAGUUAUAGCCUUCAAUGCUGAAGCUCGUCUUCGAGACCCCGUUGGUGGUUGCAUGCCUACAAUUCUUACUUUGCGCAGAAAUAUCGCCUUCUACCACAACCAACUUCGCGAGGUUCACUACUUGCUCUCGUACAUUAAAUUUCUUAAAUAUGGAACCCCCAUUAAUCCGGUUAAUCCGACACCGUCUCUUGUUGGUGAUGAUCAUAUUCAAGCUUCGCUAGGGUUAGACGAAGAUUCAUCAUCUUCAUUCGACUUGCUAGAGCCAAUUGUUCUUGAUUUUUUAAGUGACCAUAUUCCUUAUGGUGGAGGGGAUGACCAAAUUGAAAUUGGACAAGCUCAAGCUAUGGUUGAUCCGCCGCCAUCUUAUCGUGUUGGUGAUCAAGCUCAAGCUUCACAAAUGUUAAUAGACUUCUUACCCUUGCCAUAG